CUUUGGUUGGGUCUACAACUGUCUUUGACUCGGGCUGCUGUUAAUAAUAGCAGCGAUUAUUACACCGUAAAAUCUAUCCUGGUACCUCGUAGAUAGCAGGCUCUGUGCAGCCUGAAGCGCCGUGACUGCAGCCUGCGCGUUAUUGCCUUCCAUGGGUCAGGAAUAGCAGGUCUGUUCCCAAGGCUGAGGCUGAGGCAGGCUGGCGCUUCCCCGGCUCUCGUCACUAUGUUCUGGAGGCACUGUACAAUUUGUCAUUGACAGCAACAGAACGUCAGAGAGUGAGGGCAACUCCCGUCUUGUCUUCCCUUUUUAGUUUUCCUCGUUGUCCGAGAGUGUUGUCAACCCACCUUCGAGUGAGUUUAAAGCCUGCUCAGGUCAAGCUCUGCAUUCUACCAUCACAACAUCGAGCACAACAGCAAGCAGUGAGCGAGAACAUCAGGCACCUACUGUUGUUAUUGAAAUGUCAGACCAAGCAAUUCUGCGCAUCACGCGCGAAAUCCGACAGAUCCAGCAAGGAACGGACCUCUCUCUGGCUGUCGCGUGUGAGGACUCUGAUAUCCGCAAUGUGAAGGCUCUAAUUGUUGGCCCACCUGAGACUCCCUACGAAUUCGGCUUCUUUGAAUUUUCGAUCAAAUUUCCCAAAGACUAUCCGGCCAAUCCUCCCCAUGUCAAAGCAAUGACUACGAACGGUGGUCGCUGCCGCUUCAAUCCUAACAUAUAUGCAACUGGAAAAGUCUGCUUGUCGAUACUAGGGACGUGGCGCGGGGAGAGUGGGGAGCAGUGGUCAUCAGCGCAAGGCUUGGAGUCAAUACUAAUUUCUAUCCAGAGUCUGAUGUCUUCGAACCCGUAUGAGAACGAACCUGGGUACGAAGACUGUAGGGACAAGGAACACAGAAAGAACAUGGAACUCUACGUCACCAAGAUCCGUCAUGAGACUUUACGUAUUGCUGUCAUUCAACCACUGGAAGAUUCUCUUGGGAUCCAGCCCGACGGGACAGUUGUUGCGCAGGCGGAUGAAUGGGCAAGUGAAGCUGCUGAUGACGACCAGCUGAUAAAGGAAGAGAGAGCACCAUUCGAACCUUUCAAUGACUUGAGAAAGAGACGCUUCCUCUGGUAUUACGACUCGUACAUGCAAGCUAUCGACAAGGCCGAGGAGGAAGUGGGUGUCAAGGAGAGGUUCACUGAGAUGCCAUUCGAGGGCCAUGGAAAUUCGAUGGAGGGGCACUUCGACUAUCCGGAGCUGAAAAAGCGGAUGCAGUUCAUUAGGCAGACGAUUGCUGCAGAAACACAGAGGUGGGCUCUGGAAGGACUCGCCGCAAAGGAGCAGGAGGUAGGAAUCGCGGUCAACCUUCAGCGACAACAUGAGCAGAUAGUGGAGGACUUGAAGAAGAACUUCACUAUCGACCUCUCCAUAGUGGACGGGAACCCGUUCCUCUGGGAGCUCACCUAUUUCGGUAAACCUAUGACGCAUCUGGACGGUGGAGUCUUCAAAAUCAAGAUCUCGCUCAGUCCACGAUUCCCUGAUGAACAGCCACGAGUCUUCGUUCGCACUCCCCUUUUCCAUCAUCGAGUAUCCAAAGACGACGGUAUCCUCUGCUACUUCGCUCGUCGACCGGAUGAGAUGAGAUAUCACAUCGAGGGUAUUGUGGAUGCUUUGGAAGAGGAGUCACCUCCAUACGACCCUAGAACCACUGUCCACCCAGAAGCCUCAAAGCUCUUUUGGGGUUCUGCAGAAGACAGGAAGAAAUACAACCGCGCCCUGCGCCGUUCGGUUGAAAACAGCGUGGAGUAAGUAGAACCUAUCUUCCGAGCACGGCUGGGCAUUCUAACAUUGUACAGGGAGAUCUAUGCUUGAAUGUCAGAUGGUCUCCAUCAUUGCAUAUGCCUUACUUCUUCUCUAGAUUGUUUUCUUGACGCUGCUGUUACAUUAGCCUUGGCAUCGGCUGGGAGUUUAGGUUAUGGCUGGUCCCGAUUUCUCCUCCACAGUCCUCACUUUGCAGACGGGUGAACUUCUUCAAAUUAAUGGAGCCGGAAAAGAGCAAACAUGAACAUGAAUUAGAGCUGUAUUUAAUAAUCUUACCAUGAAAUAGAGAAUUUGCUGUUAAAAAAACGAGCCCUCCUUACAUCGGAGAAGAUACCAAGUGUCGGUCGCUCUUGACCGCAGCAUACGCAAUAGAUCAUUCUCAAAGUACUCUAUAGGAAAUAAGUUCUUUGAUUUGGUGGCGCCAUUGACUCAAGUAGGCGUGAAGAUAGGCCGAUUGUCAGACAUGUUGAGGAUCUCAGACUCAUAAU